AAUAUGCCAAUUUAGCUCGCUACGCUAACCGGUGCUUUGAGUCCAAUGAACGAUGUAGUUAUUUUGUAAAGGUAACUAGCUAGAAUAAAAAGAAUUAUCACAUUGGCGUCAUGGGUGGACAAAGCUAGCUACGGUAACUUAACUACCUGGUUAAAAGUAGAAGAUAAUAGAAAUGGUGGUCAGGUGCACAGAAGCAUUGCGACUAAACCUAGCUAACAGUAGCUACUAGUUCUCGAAAACUCUUCUCUCCGUUAACUUUGCCCAUGGCUGGCCAUGUGAACUACAAUUCCGACACUGUUAGAAACGUCAAUCAUCGCUAGCGAAACUGUUUUUGAAACAUAUGGCCCUUAACUUUAAUAUCAGCGAGAAAUAAUAUUGCAUAUAUGUAUCCUGUAACGUUAGCAAAUUUGCACAGAUCCAUACGCUGUGUGCCUCCAGUUGACGAACCAAUGGUGUUCGGAUCACGCUAGAUAGCUAAUGCCGCGUUCAAAACUACUGGAAACUCGGAAAUCUCCGACUUCAGUGCCUUACUGUAACUGGGAACCUGGAGAAAACUAGCUCCGACUGGGAAAAAUCGAUUGGGACGGUCAUCCAACUCGGGCCUCUUUCUAGAGCUCCGACCAGAAGAUCACUGACGUUUUGAACGCAGCAUAAUUAUCACAGGCGGUCACCUCUGUCUUCGUUAAACAAGCGCUGUAAAAUGGAGAUAUGGCUGUGUCAACACUAACCCUAUAAAGCGACGCGUGUCAACGUUUAGAGCAACGGUCGGGGCUCUUAACAAAAGUCCCCCGGGAAGAAGACGCCUUCAUCAAUAGGCGAAAGGGCACUAGACCAGAACAGACAUGGCUGGGAUAUUGUUUGAGGACAUCUUUGAUGUGAAAGACAUCGAUCCAGAUGGGAUGAAAUUUGACAGAGUUUCUCGUCUGCACUGUGAAAGUGAGUCCUUCAAGAUGGACCUCAUCUUGGAUGUAAACAUUCAGAUCUAUCCUGUUGACCUUGGUGACAAGUUCAGAUUGGUAAUAGCCAGCACGCUAUAUGAAGAUGGAACUCCUGACGAUGGGGAAUAUAAUCCACAGGAUGAUCGACCAUCCAGGGCGGAUCAGUUUGACUAUGUGAUGUAUGGCAAAGUAUACAAGAUUGAGGGUGACGAGACCUCUACGGAAGCAGCUACACGUCUCUCUGCCUAUGUGUCUUACGGAGGUCUACUGAUGAGGCUACAAGGUGACGCGAACAAUCUGCACGGCUUUGAAGUGGACUCCCGAGUCUACCUGCUUAUGAAGAAACUGGCCUUCUAGACCCUCAGUGUGGCCACAGCGGCUCCUCUGUCUACAGUACCCCCCUGAACUGGAGGCUGCCACUGUACAUUCUGAUUUUGUAUGGGAAAAUGUGGAGGGGAUGUCCAUCUCUAAAGAGACUUUAAAGCAGUAGAAGGUUUUUAGUUUUUUUAAUUCUUAGUGAUGUUAGUUUCUCCCAAAGAGAUGGACUAGAGAGACACCAUAAAGCAAAGGAACCGUAAGCAAAUUCCAUCUGCUGGCAAAUCAUGUAAAUAAAUAUGUUUUUUGAUAAUGUUC